UCCUUCGGAUCCCUCUCCCUCGGAGUAAGGAAGUUCUUAGGGACUCCAAGGAGGCCGGGGUUGAUAGAGGGCAGGGAUGGAGACUAGCUCCCGGGCAUGGGAGCGGGGUGGGCAGCGCUGGAGAAUAACGCCCAGGAGCCGGGGCUGCGAGCCCCAGACUCCCGGGAAAGUCCAGCAGUCUAGAGAAGCUGGGCUUAGAGGCGCCCCUCUUUGAAGAGUUCUCAGGAAGUUUGGGGGAGGGGCGAGUCGCUCUCUCUUGUAGAAAGCGAGCGGGAGGCUGAGGAGGGACCACAGUGGCAGCAGGUCUCAGAGCUGUCACGUUCCUGCUCACGGGCGGGGCCGGUGCUCCUGGCGGGGUCUGCGGGACCAGAGAGGGCCGAGGGCAGAGCGCGCGCCGGCAUGGAGGGACUGGUCCUGCUCAACGCCCUGGUCACCCGGCUGCUGUUCUUUCUGCACUCGCUCAUUGGGGUCUGGCGAGUGGCCGUGGUGAAGAAGGAGCCGAGGUACUGGCUGCUGGCGCUGCUCAACCUCUUGCUCUUUCUGGAGACUGCGCUCACCCUCAAGUUCAAGCGCGGCAGAGGCUACAAAUGGUUUUCACCAGCCAUAUUUGUGUAUCUGAUUAACAUCGUCCCAUCACUGUGGAUUCUUGAAGUACAACAUGGGAACCAGUAUUGUGGUAGCCAAUCAGAAGGAAUGUCGCAGAAUACCAGUAGCAAAGAAGACUUCAAUCAAACUCUGAUGACAAGUGAACAAGCCCAUGGAGGCGAUAGUCUCAUUGAGACGGCCAAAGUGUUUGUAAAUAAUUUAUCUACAGUAUGUGAGAAAGACUGGACUUUGGGACUCCAUCAGACAUUCCUGCUAAUGCUAAUCAUUGGAAGAUGGCUUCUACCUAUUGGAGGCACAAUCACUCGGGACCAACUCUCUGAACUUCUCCUUUUGUUUGUGGGGACAGCUGCUGACAUACUGGAAUUCACAAGUGAGACCUUGGCAGAAAAUACUGUGAGGAAUAACCCUAGCCUAGUCUAUGGCAUCCUUUGUAUUUGGACCUGGAGCAUGCUGCAGUUUCCACUUGACCUGGCAGUUCAGCAUGUCGUGUGCCCCUUGUCUCUGAGGGCGAGGGGGUUCCCCAGCCUGUUCUUUUGCCAAUACAGUGCCGAUCUGUGGAACAUUGGAAUCAGCGUCUUCAUACAAGACGGUCCCUUCCUCAUCGUGCGUCUCGUACUGAUGGCCUAUUACAAAGUUUUCAACCAGAUGCUGGUGUUCUUUGCUGUAAAGAAUUUCCUCGUGGUGAUGUUACACCUCUACCGCCUGGUUGUCCUGGCACUGGGCGCUCGUGCCUCUCUGCGAAGGCAGCCAGAGGUCCUGAAGGGAGAGCGGGGCGGCCCAGCCGAGCCCCUGGAGAGUGGGGUCUCCCCUGGGGCCUGGGAGGGCGGCUCCAAGGAGGGCGCGGCUGUGCCUUUGCGAGCCUCGCCAGGCGCCUCGGAGGACUCUCCCCCAACCCCGUAGUUAGUUAUGGGCAGCCGCAUGCCACUAAAACACUUGACGUCCCAGUUCUUCUGACGAACAGAACCCCCCCCCCCUUCUUCUAAAUCUUACAUGUAGUAAUUUUCAAAAGAACAACAAAAAGGGGCCUGAACCCGUCAAAAUGAUAUAAGCAGAGCCACUUUGAAAUGGGGCAAGAGCUGCCAGGCCAGAGGAACUGCCUUGCAGGUCACGUGCCUCACACUUUGGGAUGUUAACACAGGGCAAAACAGCCUCUGGACCGAGCCUAACGCAACCACGUGUCCCAAAGAAGUGUUUGCAAGGAUAGUAAGAGAGUAGAUAUUUUGACUACCGGACCGAUGGCUACCUGACCAAAAAUUAAAAACAUUUUUAGAAUUAGCGGCACUAUGUUAUCUGCACCAAUAGAAAGGCCUCUCUUCUAUUGAUGUAAUUGUUCCCUUUUCCUUUCUCAUAAAUACCCUUUGCCAUUGUCUCCUAAUCAGAGCACGAUUUGGGCUUCGGCCUGAAUCAAUGCAUUCUGAGGAGCUUUUUUUUAUUGAUCUCAAAUAAAUGCUUGUUGCCUUUCACUUUGAAAGGCUUUUACUUUUAGGUAAUCAAGCCAAAGCUGAGAAGUUCUCUUUCUUAAACUGAAUGAAAAGAACUUUGAUUAGUGGCUAUUGUUACAAUUUGUGUGAUGGUAUCAGAUGUUAUAGUUGUUCAACAACUAAGUGAUUUGUUUGUCUUGAACUGUCUGACAAGCUAUGGGCAGGGUUACUACGACAUGCCCUCAAGAGAUUGAGUGCAGACAAACCAUCCGGGGCUGUUACCUGAAAACAGAGGAGCUUUCAACUUUGGCUCCAUUGUCAGACUGUCUCAUCUCAUCUUUUCUGCAAUGUCCCUCUGACAUUAAAAAAAAAAGAGAAAAAACUACAUUCAGUGAAUGCAGAACAAAUAAAGGAAAAUGUGCCUUUAACAUUACCUCACUGGGGGCUAGAAACAGUGAAAAUCUCUGCCCAGCUUCUCUGCACAGACCUUCCCGGGAAAAUCAUUCUUCUGGGCUGAUGUGGUAUUCUGUCAUGGCGCAUAUGCUCUAACAGAAAUUUUAUUGCUUCUGGCUGGGGCACUGCAAAAUUCACAGCAAGCCAUUUCAGUUACAGAUCCACUGGUUGCGAGGCAGGAAAUACUGGUAAUGCCGCGAAGUCACAAUUUCCACUCGGAACGUGAUUGGCGGCAUUUGUCAGUAUUUUCUUAACUGCACGUCACCGUUUUCUGUAUAGACAAGUCCAAUCAUGUGAGCUGACGCGAGGAAGCACUGCAGCAGUGCGGAACGGGGCUACAGGCCCUUUAAGGGUGACCCUAGUUUCUGGUGCCUGCCAGCAGUCUGAACUGCCACUGCUGGAGAUGGCCUUGGUCCCAGGGAAGAUGUUGGGGACAGGGCUUACAUCAGCCCUACACACUGCCAGCAGCCCUUGAUUAGUGACGGGGUCAGAAGACAUGUGGCACAGCAUUGUGGAAAUCGGGAAAUUCACCUUUCUGCCCUGCGUUAAGAGUUCAUUUCCCCAAUAUUGUCAUAGUCACACUUUUCCUUUAUACACUGCUAUACAUUUCAGAUGGAGGCGAUUCAGAACCCGUUUAAAACAAUUUUUGCUUUUAAGGAUACAGUGGGAAAAUUUACCUGGCUGUAUCACAGUAAUUAUAUGAGGCAAACAGUGCCAAACCGUCCUUUUGGGGUUCAAAGCACAGUUCCUCCUGUUACUAUGCUCAGGAACUCAAAGAGACCCUGCUAAAGAUAAGGCAGGGUAUGUCCCUAAGUUGGGUGAGACUUAAUGACAAUUAAUUGGGACAAUUUGAUCUAUAAAUCUCUAUGGCAUGACAUCUGUUCAAAAGAUUUGAUUAAAAGUUCCAUAGGCAUUUUCUCUUUUUAUAUAGAGAAAUGAAUAAUUUCCAAUUAUUGGCUUCUUCAGUGCCUGAUAUCAUGUUUCUAUUUCUUUCUUUUCUCCCAUGUGUUUCUAAUUUUAACAAUAUGAUUGUAAAAUUACACAUGAAACUAAUGGGAUCCAUUUAUAAUUUUCCAUAAUAAUUUUAUGAAAGAUCAGGAAAUCAUAUCUAUCUAAAGGAAGAAACUUGACAACUUUUAAGGGCUUGUUAUUUAAAGUGCUUCACAAUUGAAAGCAAAAUAAUAGCUGCUAUUUAUAAAACCGCCUCCGCAGAAUCUGUUUUUAUGUUGACUGUUUCAUAGUGAAUGUUUUCCUCCACAACAUGUAUGUGCUACUUAUUACUGCAGAUUUGCUCAUGGCAUACUUUACAUGUUUUAAUUUUUUCUUCCAGCAAAACAAACAUUGGGGCUCUAAAAAUAGAUGAGUAUAAAGUAAUAUGGGCUGUUGCAAGGAUAUUUUUAAAUGCUUUCAAAUCUGAGACUUGGCUUGGCUUUGUGAAUGAGUUUCUAGCGUUUUAGUAAAGUAUUUUGUAAUUAGCACUCCUCCGAAGGCCUGGAAAUGUAAAGUCCAGAGUCUAGCUUCAUUUGGAGUCCCAAGAAGGCAAAGAGCACCCAGGACCAUCUCAGCAAUCAAUGGUGAAAAAACAGAAACAUGCCCCAGCAACAUUUUCCAGGAAAAUCCGCCAAAGGCAUCCUUUGUUCACCUAACUGCCAGCACUCCCACCCUUUUGAAUUUAGUGUUUUUUUUGCAGAAAGAAAAUCUCUUUUCAUUUAGCUUAUUUAAAAAUAAAACUUAAGUCCAGGUUUUAUCUCUAGGACCCCUCAUGAAAAAUUAAAAAGUUAUUGUUACUGUACUUCUUUAUUGUAGAUUGCCAAACAUGGUAAUGUUUAAAAACAUCCAAUUGUUCACUAUGAAGUGUCUAGAACAACAGUUACAUCCCAUAUGUUGACAUUUUGAGACUUGUCUCCUUGUAAUUUGCAAUAAGUGCCUCAGAUCAUCUGUAUACUGUGAUGCAGGCCAUACCUCCGUACCACCCCCUACAGACACACGCCAAUCCCCCAACCACUGAAGAAAGUGAUUUAUUUGUUAUUGUUGUUGUAUUUUAACUGCUUGAUGAAAGCUCAAUCAAAUGUUCUCCCUCAGAACAUAGUUCACUUGUGAGAAAAUACAGUGUGCAUGUUUUAAGGAUGCUGUGUAAAAACUCACCUCGCAACCACCUUGUUGGUGUUGCUUCCCCUCCCUAGCUGGGUCUCAGAGGACCUGACUUAGCAUUGCAAGAUGAGUAAUCUGUUUUUGUCUUUGAUGACUUUGUUAAUUUUUAUUGAAGCUGAUACAGAUAACAUACGAAAAUAAAAACUUGCAUUGCCAAUAACAUUCUUUUUAAUCUUCCAAAAUGAGAUUGUUAAACAAAUGUGUCAAUUGGCUUUGCUGCAGUUCAUAGCAACACCUCAGGAUUUGUAGACCAGAAAGACAUGGCUAAGAAAAAUCAGGAUUUGCUAUUAUAAUAUUGAUUAUUAGCUUAAGAGCAAAUUUUCAAAGCCAUGGGAAGGCAUGAGUUGUAGGUGUGCAUGCUUUAGGAUUUCCAUGCAGGUUUCAGAGUUCAACACUGACUUUUAUUAUCUUUGGCAUUUCAUCUCAAUGACUCUUAAUCAACUCUCUUGUUAAAAGAAACAAUUGCAAGAGGCCAAGUCUCUGUCCAGGUUCACUCUACUGCCAGGAAAAUGAGAUACUGAAAUAUUACAGAGCUUCAGAGAAGUAAGUGAAAAACCAAACAAUCUUGAAUUAUAAGAGGAGAUGGUUACACUUUUUCUAAUUUCAGACUUGGCUUUUUUACUUAAAGGACAUUCUGAUCCACUGUCAGAAACAUCUGAUUUGGGGUUAAACUAGGCAGCUGGAGGAUGUUUAAAGCUCCUAGGCUUCAAAUAACGUUUCAUAUGAUGGGAGUUAUUCUAAACAAUGUUUCAAUAAUCAACCGCUAUAACCUUAUAUCUUAUGGAUGUUCAGCCUCUGAAUAUUUUAUAUGAAUAUUUUCUCUUAAUUACUCAUAUUUAUACUAUUUUGCAAUGAAUGACAUUUGUAUUUUAUUAUAUAUACAUUAAAUAGUUUGUUUAC